GACGUUACAGGCCCCGCCUCCUAGUGUAUAUAAGGCGCACUUGGCGCGCAGUGACCCCAGGCAGCAGCUUUGAAGCCUGAGCAACAGAAUUUGGCAGCUCCUACCUAACUCCCUUUAACCCAUCCUUUCCGAGCCCCAUCCAGGACUCUCUGCCCCCUGAACUUAUUACAGCUCUCCGAUCUUCAAUUUUAGCUACAAUGCUGUGGCAGGCACUUCGUAGAUUUGGUCAAAAGCUGGUACGCAGACGCACAUUGGAGCAAGGCAUGACUGAGACUCGCCUUGCCAGAUGCCUGAGCACUCUGGACUUAGUGGCCUUGGGUGUGGGCAGCACCUUGGGUGCAGGUGUGUAUGUUCUGGCUGGCGAGGUGGCCAAAGAGAAAGCAGGGCCAUCUAUAGUGAUCUGCUUCCUGGUGGCCGCCUUAUCUUCUGUGUUGGCUGGGCUGUGCUAUGCGGAGUUUGGUGCUCGGGUCCCCCGUUCUGGUUCUGCAUAUCUCUACAGUUAUGUCACUGUGGGGGAACUAUGGGCAUUUACGACUGGCUGGAACCUCAUCCUCUCCUACAUCAUAGGUACAGCCAGUGUGGCCAGGGCCUGGAGCUUAGCUUUUGACAACCUGAUUGGGAACCAAAUAUCUCAUGCCCUGCAGAAGAGCCUCUCCUUGCAUGUGCCCCAUCUUCUUGCAAAAUAUCCAGAUGUCUUUGCUAUGGCCCUUGUGUUGUUGCUUACUGGAUUGCUGGCUCUAGGGGCUAGUGAGUCAGCCCUGGUUACCAAAGUGUUCACAGGGGUCAACCUUUUGGUUCUUGGUUUUGUCAUCGUCUCUGGCUUCAUUAAGGGGGACCUGCACAACUGGAGGCUCAAAAAAGAAGACUAUGAAAUGGCUAAGGCAGAACUCAACAACACUCAGAGCUUGGGCCCUCUAGGUGCUGGAGGAUUUGUACCUUUUGGCUUUCAGGGGAUUCUCCGUGGAUCAGCCACCUGUUUCUAUGCAUUUGUUGGUUUUGACUGUAUUGCAACCACUGGGGAAGAGGCCCAGAAUCCUCAACAUUCCAUCCCCAUGGGCAUUGUGAUCUCACUGUCUGUCUGCUUUUUGGCGUAUUUUGGUGUCUCUUCGGCACUCACACUCAUGAUGCCUUACUACCAGCUACUACCUGAGAGCCCCUUGCCUGAGGCAUUUCUUCAUGUUGGAUGGGGCCCUGCCCGCUACAUUGUAGCUGUUGGCUCACUCUGUGCUCUUUCUACCAGUCUCUUGGGCUCUAUGUUCCCUAUGCCUCGGAUCAUCUAUGCAAUGGCAGAAGAUGGCCUUCUGUUUCGUUUCCUUGCCCACAUCCACACUGGCACACGUACACCCAUAAUUGCGACUAUGGUCUCUGGUAUUAUUGCAGCAUUCAUGGCAUUCCUCUUUGAACUUACCGAUCUUGUGGACCUCAUGUCAAUAGGGACCCUGCUUGCUUACUCCCUGGUGGCUAUUUGUGUCCUCAUCCUCAGAUAUCAGCCUGACCAGGAGAUGAAGAACGUAGAUGAAGUGGAGUUGCAGGAGGAAAUUAUAUAUGAAACAGAGACGCUGACCCUGCAGGGACUCUUUUGUCCACUCAACUCCAUCCCCACACCACUUUCUGGCCAUGUUGUCUAUGUUUGUUCCUCACUGCUUGCUCUACUGCUGACUAUUCUUGGCCUGGUGCUGGCUCAGUGGUCAAGUCCACUGCUUUCUGGAGACCCAGUGUGGGUUGCAACAGUUGUACUACUCCUUAUGCUCAUUGUUGGUAUCAUUGGAGUCAUUUGGAAACAGCCACAAAGUUCUACUCCUCUUCACUUUAAGGUCCCUGCUUUGCCUUUCCUGCCACUAGUGAGCAUUUUUGUGAAUCUUUACCUUAUGAUGCAGAUGACAGCUGGCACCUGGGCCCGAUUUGGGGUCUGGAUGCUGAUUGGAUUUGCUAUCUACUUCGGCUAUGGAAUCCAGCACAGCCAGGAAGAGAUUAAGAAAGAUCAACCUUCAUUCAAAUCAAGGGCUCAAACUGUAGACCUUGAUCUCAGUAGUCCCUGAGAACACUUACUGUGACAUUAUCAUACUCAAUAUUGUCUAUCCCCUCCCCCGCACAAUAAUGGAGAGUAUUACUGACUCUCCAGAGAGUGAGACCUCCCACGGUAUGUUGAUAGAAGAACACCAGUAAAGCUUAUAUUUAUUGUAGAUAACUCUUUACUGUUUCUCAUUUAUAUAUUUUAAACAUAACUACUUUUCAAUUGUGUCUAUAGCUGUUAACUGCCUUUUAGAACAUUAUUAAAAGAAACUAAAAUAAAU